CGUCUGAGUACAGCGAUCUUCAAUCGACCGACGACCGCCCUCUAUACGACCCUCUGUUGCGCCUCCCUUUGGCUCACUGGGACCUUUUGAAUGCAAGUGAAGAAGGAAAUGACGUGUUGAGGUCAUCGAGCAACCCUUUAUAUGGGCGUUGGGCAAGUCCCAUAAGUAACAACUCAAGCCGGUAUAUCCUUGGAACGAAGCGCAUUGGAAGUGAGGCUUUGAGCACGACGACUCCACAACGCAGUCAUGGCUGUCACCGACUAUGGCCACAGGCCACAAUCAUAUACGUUGACCGCCUUGGAAGAUCGGUUCGAAGUGAUCAGGGAAAUUGGAGAUGGUAGUUUUGGAAGUGUGCAUCUUGCAAGAGUAAGGGCAAAUGGCGCCAGUGUCGCUCGGCGAAAUACCAUGGUGGCUAUCAAGACGAUGAAGAAGACGUUUGAAUCAUUUACACCCUGCAUGGAACUUCGCGAGGUCAUAUUUCUUCGAACUCUGCCGACACAUGCACACCUGGUGCCAGCUCUGGAUAUCUUCUUGGACCCAUUCAGCAAGAAGCUCCAUAUUGCCAUGGAGUACAUGGACGGCAACCUCUAUCAAUUGAUGAAAGCUCGCGAUCAUAAGUGUUUGGAUGCUAGAAGUGUCAAGAGCAUCCUGUACCAGAUCUUGUCUGGCCUCGAUCACAUACAUAUACACAACUUCUUCCACAGGGACAUCAAACCAGAGAACAUCCUCGUCACCUCUUCAGCACCGCAAGACUCUCAAUCCACUUUCAGCAGAUACUCAUCCUUGGUAACCCCACCGUCAACACCUCCGACAUAUUCCAUCAAGAUUGCCGAUUUCGGGUUAGCCCGCGAAACCCACUCCAGGUUACCAUAUACUACUUACGUCUCUACACGGUGGUACAGAGCACCUGAAGUCCUCCUUCGUGCUGGCGAAUAUUCUGCUCCUGUGGAUAUCUGGGCUAUUGGUGCUAUGGCUGUGGAAGUGGCCACGCUCAAGCCUUUGUUUCCUGGAGGAAAUGAAGUCGACCAAGUGUGGCGCGUGUGUGAAAUCAUGGGAAGCCCUGGCAACUGGUAUACCAAGUCAGGUAGCCGUGUAGGAGGUGGUGAAUGGAGAGAUGGCACAAAGUUGGCGCAAAAACUCGGGUUCUCGUUCCCAAAGAUGGCCCCUCACGCCAUGGAGACGAUCCUGCCACCCCCUCAAUGGCCAGUGGCCUUCAGCAACUUUGUGACCUGGUGUCUGAUGUGGGAUCCUAAGAGUCGUCCAACCUCAAAACAAGCCAUGGGGCAUGAAUUCUUCACAGAUGCCGUCGACCCUCUUCGACCAAAAUCGUCAUCGCGAUUACUUGGUCGCAAACAUUCGGACUUGAGUUUCCGCUCGAAGGACAUGGUCGAGACUCCAACGAUUACAUCCAAGCCAUCCUGGUUCCGGAGAUCGCUGAUUGCACGGGAAAGUGCCCCUGCAGUUCCUCAACAUAAUCCUGACUCUGCCAAGGGCGUACAGCCUGAAUCAGAAGGUAUUGUCAGCAGGCUUCGCCCCCAAGCUAACAAACGCGCAACGUGGGCCAAUGGAACCAACCCUACCGGAGCAGCACCAAUGCCGAUACUACCAUCCAUCCGCCCCAUCUCGCCGUUGCCUAACGCUGUCACAGCACAGGCAACUUCCUCGUUCACGGCUCAGGACGAGUCCAAGCCCAACUCGUCAAAGCCUUCCGACGAAAAGUCGAAGAAGAUUGGCAGACAGUUGUCGAUCAACUCACACGGUAAUCAUUAUGCUGACGUCCACCGCCAAGACGCUGAGCGCGCGUUGAAUGCCAACAGUGGCCUUGUCUCCCCACCUAACGGUCACAAAGAGAGCUUCUUCUCUCACUUACGAAAACGAGCAAGACGAUUCUCUGGCAGACACGGACUGGCGUCACCCAACGGCGAUGAUGUCGAGGCAAAUGCUGCACACAUCCCGUGGUCAAAUCGGUCAUCAGUCAUGGUUGACAGCGUCAUCCCUGAGAAUAACAACGACUUCUCUGACCUGGACAAGAUACUGCAAAACGUUAGAUACAGCCUGGACCGGAACGAUUCAGGGGCCAAGCCACGAAGCACCUCGACAGAAGUGUCAUCGAACCAAGGUUCAUUGAAAAGGACACACUCCGUCCCACGCUCAUCGCGGUCAAGUGAGAACGUCAACAGUACCACAGCAGCUGCUAAUGCUCCUGCAUCAACGGUAGCAGUGGCACGGACACGUCGCCCUCUGCAGAUCAAUCAAUAUGAGACACCUGAAGAGGCCGACGAACUACUCGACGAGGCGAUGAGGUCUGCCAAUCGUGCGGUUCGGCGUCUCGAUACCAAUGUCCCUUCCAAAGAGCAAACACAACGUACUGUUCUAGCGCAGAAGGACUACAACCGACAGUCAUUACCCCAUAUAACCAGCAACCCGACCAUGCAAGGUGCCUACCUGACGCCAUCACCAUCCGCCAAAAGGAAUGGUGUUUCAUUCAAUGCCAACACCUCAAACCCCACCCUACCUUUGAACAUUACCAAGACUCGUAAAGAUCAAGACCAUGUACCUGCACUUUGGCCUACGCCGCCCUACGAAGAGAAUGAAUGGGCAGCCGCUGCUGCCAACAGCAUCUUUGCAGCUGGAUCCAUCUACCGAUAGUCCUGGGACACAUUGUCCCGCCCACGCUUGCUUUGACCGAAAAGUUUCCUAUUCUCCACACUCGACGACAAUAUAGCGUUCCUUGAUAUCCUGUACGAAAAGAGAAAGAGUUGGCCACCUACCUACGGACCUAGGUGUUCUGAGUUCAUUGGCGUUGAAAUAGGGUCAAUACGGCCAUACCACUAUUUCUGA